AUGGCGUGGGCUUCUUCAGCAUCGCAAGAUGUUGAAGCAGGCGCCAUACCUGUACGUGCAGAGGAUCUGCCGUCCGAGAAGAAAGUCGUACUAGAGGAUGAGAAAGCCGAAAUCCUGGUCGGCUGGGACGGUCAGGACGAUCCGGAAAACCCUCAAAACUGGUCGACCACGUUCAAAUCCUGGGUCACUUUACAGCUAAGUCUACUGGCGUUUUCUGCCAGUCUGGCUUCCAGUAUUAUUGCACCAGCGAAUCGAACAAUAGCUGAAUAUGUCGGUGUGGGUGAGGAGGUUGUUGUUCUUAAUGUCUCCCUCUACAUCAUUGGCUUCGCUUUUGGGCCCUUGAUCUGGGGUCCUUCCAGCGAGGUCUGGGGCCGGCGAUGGUCCAUGUUGCCGGCAAUGGCGUGCCUUGCUUGCUUCUCCAUCGGUUGUGCCACAAGCCAAAACGCCCAGUCGAUCUUCAUCAACCGGUUCUUCAGCGGCUUUUUUGGCUCGGCCGCUGUCAGCAAUGUCAAUGCUGCAUUGGGAGACAUUUGGUCUCGAGAGGCUCGCGGGACCGCCGUCUGCAUGUAUGGCAUGUGCGUCGUAGGAGGGCCGACCCUUGGUCCGACAAUUGGCGCGGCCAUCCUUGUCAAUCCACAUAUGGGAUGGCGAUGGACCGAAUAUACGACUGCCAUGCUCAAUUUUGCCAUUGUCGCGUUGACAUACUUCUUUAUGCCGGAGAUGUAUCCUCCGAUUCUUUUGAAAUGGAAGGCCCAGCGACUACGACGACAGACCGGCAACAAUUCCUACUACCACCCUCACGAGAGGAUCAAAGUUGACAUCAAGUCCAUCGUCACCAAGCAGCUGUCGCGACCACUGAUGAUGCUCUUCACUGAGCCAAUGGUCACCUGCAUCGCAUUCUACGCAUCCUUUGUCUAUGCGAUUCUCUACAUGACACUUCAAGUCUUUCCGAUCGUCUUUGAGGAGCAACGCAAGUGGUCGCCUGUUGUGGGCUCGCUGCCCUUCCUCGGGAUGUUUAUUGGGAUAGUCUGCGCCACCGGGGUCAAUCUUGGGAACCAGCCUAGAUACAUUCGCAAGUGCCGGGCCUCCAAUGGAAGACCGGUCCCUGAAGCAAGACUCCCGCCUCUGGCGAUUGGUGCUGUCAUGAUGGUGGUCGGUCUGUUCUGGUUCGCAUGGACUGCUGCUCCAAAUCAUCCAUGGCCUCUUCCUGUCGUUGCUGCCAUGUUUAUUGGUGGCGGGUUUAACGUCAUCUUUCAGCAGUGCAUCAACUACCUGGUCGAUGUGUACGGUCUCUACGCGGCCAGUGCCACGGCUGCCAACACCUUUCUGCGCAGUGUCCUUGCCGCAGGCCUUCCUCUUGCAGCGCGACCCUUGUAUCAUUCAAUUGGAGUCGGCCCUGCAACGUCGAUCCUUGGUGCUAUAGCUUCCGUGAUGCUCCCAGUGCCCUUCAUCUUCAUGAAGUAUGGGAUGUAUCUCCGAAAGAAAUCAAGUUUCGCCCCGGUCCCGGGUUAA